AUGCCAACUAUAACGGAAAGACUACCGCAAAUCAAGGUAAACACAAAUUCAUGGAAUAUCCCGAAGGAUAUAAAGAUGGCAGACCCAGAUUUUAACCUACCUGGAACAAUAGAACUGCUCAUAGGAAGCGCCAAAUUCUGGAAACUGUUGGGCACCAGACAACGAGAAUUAGAAGAUACAUUGCCUACAUUACAGGAAACGCGGCUUGGAUGGAUCGUCGGUGGAGAACUAAUAGAUACAAGAAAAACAAGAAACAGACGAGUGUGUAACAUCGCUACUCUAAACGACCAGUUAACAAAAUUCUGGAAUAUUGAAGAGUCGCCAUUAGAAAAACAGAAACAGGCUUACUCACCACAGGAACAACAAGCGGAAGACUUCUUCAUGCAAACAGUAAAAAGAGACAAUAACGGAAGAUACGUCGUGCGUCUGCCAAAAGACGAUUCAGUAGAGCUCGGGGAAUUAGAGAACGUUGCAAUUCAAAGAUUCAUAUACAUCGAAAGAAAGCUAAAGCAACAACCACAGUUACGAGAAAAUUACCAUAGUUUCAUCCAAGACUACGAGACACUAGGACAUCUGUCCUUAGCGAAACAACAGAAUAGUACACUCGAUAAAGAUUAUUGCUAUCUGCCGCAUCAGCCGGUUAUUAAGACAUCGAGUCUAUCUACGAAAUUAAGAGUCGUGUUUGACGGCUCGGCAAAGACGUCAUCGGGCAUGUCGUUAAAUCAAAAACUCCUGAGUGGGCCCAAUCUGCAAAAGGACUUAUGGCAAAUUACGAUACGCUUCAGAGAGCAUCCAUUCGUAAUCACAGCAGAUAUUAAAAUGAUGUUUAGACAAAUCUGGGCGGCGGAGGAGGAUAGAGAUUUACAGAAGAUCAUCUGGAGAUAUGACCCUUCAGAAUCAGCGCGAGCCUAUACGUUAAAUACAGUAACGUACGGCACAAAUCGUGCACCGUACCUAGCGAUGCGUUGCUUAAGGCAUCUAGCUACGCAGCCAGAGGCAGCCAAACGAGAGGCAGCAGCCAAAGUGCUGCUCAAUGACUUCUAUAUGGACGACGUAUUGACGGGCACCAGCACAUUACAUCAAGCAGUUGAGUUGCGAAAAGAACUGUCAGAUCUAUUAGCAGUGGCAGGAUUCCAACUAAGAAAAUGGAGAACGAACAACCCAAAAAUUCUUCAGGAUCUUGCGCAGGACAGAAAAGAAGAUAGUCUGUUGAUAUUAGAUUCAGAGGAACCUUUAAAGACGUUGGGACUCCUCUGGAAUUCAACCGAAGAUACACUACAAUACUCGGUGACCUUAACAGAAAACAGCAUAACUAUGUGGCAUACUGUCACAAAUUGCAAGAAUUUAUGA